UUCGGACACUUGAAGAGAGAGAGAAAGAAAGAGAAGAAAUUUCUCCAUAUCCAAACUCUAGUAUGUAGAUAUAUCAUGAUCAUCGUCUUCAUGCUAACCUGAUUCUUUCGAGCUCCAUCCAUGGCGGAUCUCUGUCACCGAUUGUAAGUUAUUAGUUGAAAUCUGAUUCCAUUAUGGAUCCAAAGAGAAAGAAAUUAGACUGUAUGAAGUCUUUGGAAUCGGAAUCGUCCGAUUCAACUCUUUCUUCUCCAUUUCCUGAUGAGGUCCUGGAACGAGUUCUCUCUUUAGUGAAGUCUAACAAGGACCGGAGCUCUGUUUCACUCGUCUGCAAGGACUGGUACAACGCUGAGAGAUGGAGUCGGACCCAUGUUUUUAUAGGUAAUUGUUACUCAGUUUCGCCGGAAAUAGUUGUCCGGAGGUUUCCAAAGAUCCGAAGUUUGACUAUUAAAGGGAAACCCAGAUUUUCGGACUUCAAUUUAGUCCCUAAGAAUUGGGGUGCUGAGAUUCAUCCUUGGUUAGUCAUUUUUGCUUCUGCAUAUCCUUUUCUGGAGGAACUUAGGUUGAAGAGGAUGACUGUGACUGAUGAAAGCUUGGAGUUUCUGGCUAUGAAUUUUCCAAAUUUCAAUUCUCUUUCUCUAUUUAGCUGUGAUGGGUUCAGUACAGAAGGUCUUGCAUCCAUUGCCCAACAUUGCAAGAACUUGACUGAAUUAGACAUACAAGAGAAUGGAAUGGAAGAUUUAAAGGGUUCAUGGUUAAGCUGCUUUCCAGAUAACUUUUCAUCAUUAAAACUGUUGAACUUUGCCAGCCUUCAUAGUGAUGUUUGCUUCUCUGAUUUAGAAAAACUUGUUGGUCGUUGCAAAUCACUAAAGGUUUUGAAGGUUAAUAGUCAUGUGACACUAGAUCAGUUGAAGAGGCUGCUCGAUCUGGCUCCACAGUUGACAGAUCUUGGAACUGGUAGUUUCUGGCAAGAAUCAGCCAUUCACCAGCUUCCAGAACUCGAAAGCACGUUUGGAAAAUCGAAGAACUUACUUACACUCUCAGGUCUAUGGGAUGCUUCAUCCCUCUUUCUCAAAGUUCUUUAUCAUGCCUGCUGCAACUUGACUUUUUUGAAUCUAAGUUACGCCGCAGUUCGUGGUGUUGAACUAGACAAGUUUCUUGCUCACUGUCCUAAAUUACAGCGACUUUGGCUACUUGAUAGUGUAGGAGAUGUUGGACUAGAGGCCGUUGGAUCGCAUUGUCCAUUGCUUGAGGAGCUUCGUGUUUUUCCAACUGAACCCUACGACCAGGAUUUUCAUGGUGUAACUGAAUUGGGUUUCAUUGCAGUUUCUCGCGGUUGCCCAAAACUUCACUAUGUUCUUUAUUUCUGUCAAAGAAUGACAAAUGCAGCAGUCACGACGAUAGUCCAAAACUGCCCAAACUUUACCCACUUUCGUCUAUGCAUUAUGAAUCCACACCAGCCGGAUUACAUCACAAAUGAACCAAUGGACGAGGCAUUUGGUGCUGUUGUAAAAACAUGCACAAAGCUCCAAAGACUCUCAGUCUCCGGCCUUCUCACUGACCGAACUUUCGAAUACAUAGGAAAGUAUGCUAAGAACUUGGAGACUUUAUCAGUAGCUUUUGCUGGUAAAAGUGAUUGGGGAAUGAAGUGUAUGCUUUCAGGCUGCCCGAGGUUGAGGAAGCUUGAGAUAAGGGACUGCCCUUUUGGGAAUGCAGCUCUACUUUCGGGAUUGGAUAAGUAUGAAUCAAUGAGAUCACUUUGGAUGUCGGCUUGUAAUGUGACGAUGAAAGCGUGCAAGUUAUUGGCUAAGGAGAUGCCGAGGUUGAAUGUUGAGGUAAUGAAAGAAGAAGAUGAAGGAGAUUAUUUGAAAAGAAAUGAGAGCGAUGAUGACUGUCAAGCUGAUAAAGUUUAUGUUUAUCGAACUGUUGCUGGACGAAGAAGAGAUGCUCCACCGUUUGUGCUCACUCUUUGAACCAUGAUGAAAUUAAAGGUAUAGGUGAUUGGGAUCAAGCCUGCCAUAAUCAAGCUAAACCAAGACAUGUAAUAAUAUGCAGCAAUAGAUGAAACAUAGGAUUGUUAUUAAUAUUAUUUGUAAACAUGUUUGUUAUCGAGACCAGGUGAAAGUCAUGACUUCCCAUUUCAUUCGGUAUGUUUUUAGUUGGAAUCGAAAAUUUAGUUGAGGAUUAUGAUUCCGAGUUUAAGACUGUCUUUAUCGUCGGUAAGGGAUUGAAAUCAUGGAAUGGUUAUGGUCCAUAAGCUGAUGAUCAUGAUAGAAGAAAGGUGAUGUAGAAAGUACAUGGCAAAUAGAAAUGAGAUGUCAAUUUCUCAAUUAAUGAAUUUGGGUUGUUUGUCAUGUUGAUUGUUGUGUUUUUUUUUCUCUUCUUUAGUGGAUAUUAUUGCUGAACAAUUGGACAAGACAAUAAUCAAUUGAGGUUGCUAAAUUUAUUGGCCAUA